AUGGAUCUCCUUGCUUCAGAGUUUGCUAUGAAGGACCUUGGUCCUUUGAGUUAUUUUUUGGGUAUUGCUGUCUCCCGUCAUGCAGGUGGUUUGGUUUUGUCUCAGCGCAAGUAUGCUGAGGAGAUAAUUAAGCGUGCCAGAAUGUCAUCUUGCAAACCCUCUCCUACUCCAAUUGAUACAAAACCGAAGCUGAGUGCCCUUUCUGAUUCGUCAUGCUCCGAUCCUUCUCUCUAUAGGAGUCUUGCUAGUGCUUUACAAUAUCUCACUUUUACUCGCCCAGAUAUUUCUUAUGAUGUGCAGCAGAUUUGUUUAUUUAUGCAUCAGCCUAUGGAUGCGCAUAUGCAGGCCCUCAAACGUGUUGUUCGAUACGUUAAGGGUACUAUUGAUCAUGGUCUCCAUCUUUAUCCAUCAUCUAUUUCCACCCUUCUUCCAUACACUGAUGCUAAUUAG